UGGCCGAUUCUUAUAUUAUCCAGAAAUAUGUUUCUACCACGACUCUUAUUUAUCUGCCUGAUCUCUUGCUGGUUCUUGUUGUCACCGGUGGUUUCUGCGUUCGGCGAGGCAAAGCCAGGUUGUCAAGCCAAAUGUGGUAACGUCAGCAUUCCUUACCCGUUUGGUAUAACCGUUGGAGGUGAGGAUGAUUACAGAGGAGCACAAGGAUGCUCCAUUCAUGGAGUUGGGUACGGCUAUAACGUCAACUGUAAUACUUCCUAUGAUCCUCCUAAGGCCUUUAUUGGCACCAGUAACCUUGAGAUUUUAAGUAUAUCAGAAACUGAAAUUCGAAAAAAGAACGUGGUAGCUGCAUUAUGUUACAAUAUGGCUGGUAAUUUGGUAUUGGAUGAUUCGAGGGUCACAUCAAAUUUGGGUUCGACGCCGUUUACGUUCUCGAACACGAAAAACAGGCUAUUUACAAUAGGGUGCAACUCAGGCGGAACCAUUUUAGGGCGAGAUCAGCUCGAGAAGAACUACUCCAGCCAGUGUGUGUCAUUAUGUGCUAGUCAAGAUUUUGUAAAAGAGGGCUCCUGCGAUGGCGGCGGAUGUUGCAUGAACACUAUUCCGAAGGGGAUAAAGUGGCUAAGCACAGGGUUGGUAAGGGUUGUCAACGUUAGCUUCUUAUCUUUCAAUCCUUGCAGUUACGCGUUCCUAGCUGAUCAAGAACAAUAUACGUUCUCUGCGUCAGAUCUUUUGGCUGAGAGUAGAGUUAGAAAUAUACCCGUUGUUCUUGAUUGGGCGGUAGGGAGUAAGACGUGUGAAGAAGCACAAACAGAUUUGGCCACUUAUGCUUGCCAGGACAACAGCUACUGCAGCAAUUCCGAAAACAAUCCAGGGUAUCGUUGCACUUGUCAUGAUGGUUACAAGGGGAACCCCUAUAUCAGUCCUGGAUGUCAAGACGUGAAUGAGUGUGAAGAUCAAAACAGCAACCCCUGUGAGGGGAUUUGCAUUAACACCAUGGGAAGCUACAACUGUACUUGUCCAAUUGGAAGUUCCAGAGAUGGGAGGAAAGAUGGGAAAGGCUGCAAUCGCAAUAUUAUUGAUAGAGAGCAGUUUCCUAUACUAAGGGUUACUCUUGGUAUUGGUUCAGGGCUCUUGUUUAUCAUUGUUGCAAGUUCUUGGUUAUAUUUGAUCAUUAAAAAAAGAAGGUUAAUUAAAAUGAAAGAGAAAUUUUUUCAGCAAAAUGGCGGGCUGCUAUUAAAACAACAAAUAUUGUCGAAUGAAGGUGGCGUAGAGACUUCAAAGAUCUUCACAGCAGAAGAGCUAAAACUAGCAACCAACAACUAUAAUGAGAGUCUGAUCCUCGGACAAGGAGGCUAUGGAACCGUUUACAAGGGAACCUUACCGGAUAAUCAUACAGUUGCCAUUAAGAAAUCCAAGAUAGUUGACCAGAGCCAAAUCGAACAAUUUAUAAAUGAGGUUUUUAUGUUGACUCAGAUUAAUCAUCGAAAUGUGGUGAAGCUCUUGGGGUGUUGUUUAGAAACUGAAGUUCCUUUGCUUGUUUAUGAAUAUGUUUCUAAUGGCACCCUCUCCCAGCAUAUCCACCACAACAGUGGGUUGCCUUCCAUUUCUUGGGAAAGCCGGUUGAGGAUUGCGGUCGAAACAGCAGGUGCACUUGCUUAUUUACAUUCUGCAGCUGCUAUCCCCAUAAUCCACAGAGAUGUCAAGUCUGCUAACAUGCUUCUUGACGAAAAUUACACUGCAAAAGUAGCAGACUUUGGAGCUUCAAGGUUGAUUCCGCUGGACCAAACAGAAUUAUCAACAGUUGUAUUAGGAACCAGAGGAUAUUUGGAUCCAGAAUACCACCAGACUGGGCAGCUGACAGAGAAGAGUGAUGUCUAUAGCUUUGGUGUUGUUCUUGUAGAAAUAUUGACAGGAAAGAAGCCAAUUCUUUCGGAGAGAUCCGGAGAACUAAGAAAUCUUGCAACAUAUUUCAUUUUGUCCAUGCAAGAAGAUAAUCUGCUCCCACUUCUUGAUGCCCGAGUAGUAAAUGAAGGGAGGCCAGAACAAGUACUUGCAGUUGCUGAGCUUGCAAAGAGAUGCCUGAAGUUGAAGGGUGAAGAAAGGCCGACAAUGAAACGAGUAACAACAGAACUAGAGAGUUUGAGAGGCGUAGAAACACGUGUAUGGGCUCGUCAACCAAACAAUGGAACAAACUCAGUAUUACCAGCUGAACCAAGAGACCUCUAUACAGUUCCACUUAUGUCUUCCACUGCCAUUGAUUCCGGACAUUAUGCGUUGGAUGAAGAUACAAUAGCCUCGAUGAACAUCCCUAGAUGAUUGGUUCAUGGAUCUUGAUGGGUUUUUAUGACAAUCACACAUUUUGUAUGUUAUUUCAGUAAAGUUGUACACAUUUUGUAUAUUAUUUGUUUAAAUAUGCAAUCACUCAUAUGGAAAUGUUAAGUCUUGGCAUAAGUGAACUUCACACUCUACCAAAACGUUGCGGGGUCAAACAGUUAUAUGGCUCGAAUUAAAAAA